AUGGAGACUAAUCAAAACAAUUUAUAAUAAGAUUAAGAAAAUGACCAUUAUUUCAUCUGCACUAGUCCUCAAUGUCAAAAUAGAGGAUGUUUCCUACCAAGUAGGAUUCAAAACAUUCAUCAAAAUUGCAAUGUCCUGUCAUAUAAGUAAUAUGUAGAUUCAAUUGAAAAUAAUAAUGAUUAAUUUUUCUAAUCAGAAACCUUUCAGAAGUAUAUAAUCUAAUCAUAAGAUUAGUUACGAUCAAAAAUUAAAAUAGUAUUUAAAGAAGAUCCAAAAAUUACAAAAGGAGUUGAAAGAAAAAUCAUUAAUAUUCAAUAAGUAGUCACUUAACUUAUAUUUAAAGUAUAAAAACAGAAUUAAAUGAAGCGAAUGCUUACAAAAAUAAACUAAAGCAAUUACUGUAAGAAUUCAAAGAUAAAUUGACUCAAUCAAAUUUUGAAGUGCUAGAGCAAGCAUAUUAAUCAUACAGUAUAUUUUGUAAACUUAAUUUAGGACAAUAAAAAUCUAUUAAGAACAUUCAAAGAAAUUUUUAAAUAAUUGAAAAUGAAUUGAAAAUAAACUAAUAUCUAUUAUCAAUCGACUAAGUCGAAUUAUAGGAUGACGAUAAUUCCAGUGAUGAAGACUCUAGCGAUGAUGAAUCUAGUGAUGAUCUAAACACAAAGAUCUUAAAUCAAUAAUUAGACCCUGAAGCAUAAGAACUAGAAAAUAAAUACAAUCAAGUGUUUAAUUUCUUAAGGAAUAAUGCCAAAACUUAAGUUUAAUAACAUAAUGAGGAAUUACAAUCCUAAUAACAGGAAUAAAAUUAAUCCUAGUAGGGGGAAGAAUAAACUAAUAUUAAAUUUAUUGAAAAAUUAGGAAAUAAUUUAAUCAUAGUUGCAACUGAGAACCAAUUAAGAAUAUACGAUUUAAUAUCUAAAAGCUUUUAAUCGAUAUUAAAAUAAAUUAAUGCUAAAAUCACAUCACUUUAAGUUACAAAUUUUGAAUAAGUAAUUGUUGUUGGGAAAUACGAUGGAGAUAUAGGAGUCUUGGAUUGGAACCCGAAAUAAAAGUCUACCUCUAAGUAUUAAUUGAUAUAAUGUGUUGUAGACCAAGAAUUUUUAGAGUAAGUAAUGAAGAAGGAAGGUUAUUCGUAGAAAAAUUGCAGUCAAGACAUAUUGCAUGUUUAGGGAGAGAUGGAAAUUGUAAAAUUUAUGAAACAACUAAUUUCGAUGUUAUAAACAGCUUUAAAUUAGAUUAAGGAGACAAAGUUGUUCCUACUUGUUUUUUUGCAAUAUCUUAACUAUAAUUCUUUAUUGGAGCUGAGAAAACUUUGUUUUUUAAUAAAAAAAAAAUAGACUACAUUUUUAAUGGAAAAAUAAAAUAAAUUUGUUAGUUUGGUAAUAGAUGGUUGGUAGCAGAUGAAACAACCAUUUACAUCUUAGUAUAAAAUGGAGAAUUCAUUUCUUUACUCAAAGAAUUCCAUUUUUCUCCAAAGCAAAUCAUUUAUAUGACUACAUUUUAUCAAAGCCAAUGCAUUUUCAUCAAUACUAAAUCUGCUAAAUCUGAUGAUUACGAGAAUCAAGUUGCUACUAUAUAGAUAUCAGGUGAAUAAGUAGAUCUUCAAUUAAAACAGCUAGAUAUGAAGAUUCAAGUAAAGUUGCUGAAAGGAUAUUAAAAUAACAAUGAAACUUUUCUAUAUGGAAUUGAUGGUUUUAAUGUAAUAGAGCACAAGAUGAUUAGAGAUAAUGAUAAUUUUAUAGUUUUAUGAGUAUUUGUU